AUGGCAGGGAUCAUAUACGGGAACACGUGCAAGGCGUACGAGCAGGACACCUUCAAGUACAAACUGGAGGAACCACAGACAGUGGUGGAGAACAGCAAAGCCGGGAUCCUGCGGGACCUGCGAGACCUCCAGACCCAGACAGGUAAACACAUAGUGGUGAAGCAACCAGACACCCUCCUCUUGCCAUCUCCCCAGCUGGAGGAGCGUGUGGAGCACGCAGAGCUGGGAGAGGGGGGAGUGAGCAUGGGGCUGGAACAGCUGGGCUCACACACACUGCUGGAACAGCGGGGCGUGCGCGUGCAGCUGGAAGAGCCGGGCAGCUACGCGGAGCUGGAGGAGCGGGGAGUGCGCGCGGAGCUGGAAGAGCCGGGCAGCUACGCAGAGCUGAAGCAGCGGGGAGUGCGCGUGCAGCUGGAAGACCCGGGCAGCCACGCGGAGCUGGAACAGCGGGGCGUGCGCGUGCAGCUGGAAGAGCCGGGCAGCCACGCGGAGCUGGAACAGCGGGGCGUGCGCGUGCAGCUGGAAGAGCCGGGCAGCCACGCGGAGCUGGAACAGCGGGGCGUGCGCGUGCAGCUGGAAGAGCCGGGCAGCCACGCGGAGCUGGAGGAGCGGGGAGUGCGCGUGCAGCUGGAAGAGCCGGGCAGCCACGCGGAGCUGGAGGAGCGGGGAGUGCGCGCAGAGCUGGAAGAGCCGGGCAGCCACGCGGAGCUGGAACAGCGGGGAGUGCGCGCGGAGCUGGAAGACUCGUGGCUGGUGCGGAUUCCUGUGGGUACCUCGCGCCUCUAA